AUGAGGCGUCAGGAAGCUGCUGAUUCUGGAAUUGUGCCUCAACAACUUGUGCUAAUGUCGAAAGAUCACAAUAUUCCUUCUCUGCAUCAAUACGGCGAAGAGCUGGCAAGUGAAAGUGCGACCAAGAAACUUCACCAGAAAAGAAAUAAUAAGAAGUAUGAUCAGAAGAAAGAAGGUGAUGAUAAGAUGAAUGGGUGCUCUAUUUGCCCUAAACAUAUGGAUGCAAUAGAUGUAAGCUUCUUACCAUAUCCUUGUGGAUUUUCUAUGUUUCUUCUCUCAUAUGGAGAUCAAAUUAAACGAUAA